CCGGAGCAGCUCCUCUGGGCCACUCAUCGGCCCUGCCACACAUCCCUGCUCUCGCUUCCACCACGCCAGCCCCGACAUGAUCGCGCCCAAGUCGUGAACCAGCUCGCGAACCCGUGAACCAUCCACGUGCAUAUCCACGUGCAUUCCCCAUUGACACGCGACGCCGACGAUCCUCUGUCGUAUUCUUGCUCGUGUCCCUCCUCCACCACUGCAUCCUCCUCCAUUACUGCAUCACUCCUCUACCAUUGCAUCACCAUGCAGCGCAGACAGAGCGCAAAGGGCGAGUGGAUUCCCUCGGGCGUCCAGUGGCCCGUCGACCCUCAGGAAGACGUCCCAGUCUCGGAGGACCGCGUCUGGGUCGAUGGCUGCUUCGACUUCACCCACCACGGCCAUGCCGGCGCCAUGCUCCAGGCCCGCCAACUGGGCACCGAGCUGCUCGUCGGCGUGCAUUCAGACGAGUCCAUCCUCGAGAACAAGGGCCCCACCGUCAUGCGCCUCGACGAACGCAUCAUGGCCGUUGAAGCCUGUCGCUGGGCCACCAAGGCUAUCCCGCGCGCCCCCUACGUAACUUCGCUCCCCUGGAUAACACACUACGGCUGCCAGUACGUGGUGCACGGCGAUGACAUCACCUCCGACAGCGACGGCAAGGACUGCUACCGCUACGUCAAGGCCGCGGGGAGGUUCAAGGUGGUCAAGCGCACCCCGGGCAUCUCGACGACCGACCUCGUGGGCCGCAUGCUGCUGUGCACAAAGACACACUUCAUCCAGUCGCUGGAGAAGAGGCUGUCGGGAGACGAGGGCCCAGGCGGGGAGGCAGAGCGCUUGGAGACGGGGCAAGCCAUGCUGCAGCGCAUCAAGGACUACGCGACCGACGCCACAGGUCUUGCGCCCGGCUGCGACGUCUGGUACUGGCACGCAUCGCGCCCCGUCAAGCUCCGCCGAACAACCACCAGCAACACCGUCAGCUCGCAACGCCCCGGCACCACGCGCCAAGACUCGACCGCCUCCCAAGGCCCCGUGAAAGAGGAGAAGGGUAAAUUCCACCAACUCGUCCAGGGCAAAGGCGUCAAGCCUGGUCAGGUGGUCGUGUAUGUUGAUGGAGGCUGGGAUCUGUUUUCCUCAGGCCACAUUGAGUUCCUGCGCAAAGUCACGCAGACGGAAGAAGACGCGGCGAAGGAGCGCGGGUGGUACCUGGACGACGCCAAAAAAGCGCGCAUCGAGAGCACAGGCGAAGACUACGGCCCAGUCUUCCUCGUAGCAGGCAUCCACGACGACGAAGUAAUCAACCACUGGAAAGGCAUAAACUACCCCAUCAUGAACAUCUUCGAGCGCGGUCUCUGCGUGCUUCAAUGCAAGUACAUCCACGCCGCCAUCUUCGGCGCCCCCUUCUCCCUAAGCAAAGCCUUCCUCCUCACGCUCCCCUACUCCACCCCCUCCGCCGUCUACCACGGCAUAACCCAAUUCAUGCCCCUAACCUACGACCCCUACGCCGUCGCCAAGGCCCUGCAAAUCUACCGCGAAAUCGACAACCAUGAGUUUCAGGACGUGAAUGCCGAGGAGAUUGUAAGCAGGAUUAUGAGCGGGCGCAAGAUGUAUGAGGAGAGGCAGCGGAAGAAGGGUGAGAAGGGCGUGGGGGAGGAGGGGGAGAGGGUUAGGCAGGAGUUGGAGAGGGAGCAGAGGCGGAGGGAGGUCGAGGGGCAGUUUGGUAUUUAG